UUCGCGACUGCGAUGACGUCAUUGGUGUGCGACGACACCAGAGCAGGUUUAUUACAUGAGUUCUGUAAAGAGCGAGAAACGAUGGCAACAACUUUAAAACAAGCUUUAAAAACCCACUUUGGGUUUGACAGUUUUCGAUCUAAAGUACAGGAGGAUGUUGUUAAAGUAGUAGUUAAAGGUGACAAGGAUGUGUUUGUGUGCAUGCCCACCGGAGCAGGAAAGUCCCUCUGUUAUCAGCUGCCUGCUGUCAUGGCUGAGGGUAUCACUCUGGUCAUAUCCCCCCUCAUCGCGCUCAUUCAGGACCAGGUGGACCACCUGAAGGACCUGAACAUCCCCGCCUGCUCCAUCAACUCCAAGCUGCCGGCAGCCGAGCGGCGCCUGAUCCUGGCUGACCUGUGGAGCAGCAGCCCCAAGCUGAAGCUGCUCUACAUCACUCCGGAGAUGGUGGCCUCUCCCUCGUUCCAGCCGUGCCUGAGCGGCCUGUGCUCCCGCGGCCUGCUGUCUUACCUGGCCGUGGACGAGGCUCACUGCGUCUCCCAGUGGGGGCACGAUUUCAGGCCGGACUACCUCAAGCUGGGCGAGCUGCGCGGGCGCCUGCGGGGGGUUCCCUGCCUGGCCCUCACGGCGACGGCGCCCAAGAACGUGCAGGAGGACAUCGUGCGGUCCCUGGGGCUGCGCUCGCCGCAGACCUUUGUGACGCCCGUGUUCCGCAGCAACCUGCACUACGACGUGAUCUUCCGGGAGCUGCUGCCCAACCCUUACGCCCACCUGUUCGCCUUCAUUCAGAAGGCGCUGGCACUGGACGGCGGCUCUAACCAACAGGGCUGUGGGAUCGUGUACUGUCGGACCAGGGAGGGCUGUGAGACAGUGGCUCACCAGCUGACCAAGCUCGGAGUCUUGGCCAAACCGUACCACGCAGGUCUGAGAGCAGGAGACCGCACGGAGGUCCAGAACGAGUGGAUGCAAGGCAAGGUGCUGGUCAUUGUAGCCACCAUCAGCUUCGGCAUGGGAGUGGACAAGGCUAAUGUCAGGUUCGUAGCUCACUGGAAUUUCGCCAAGUCCCUGGCGAGUUACUACCAAGAGUCUGGGCGCGCCGGGAGGGACGGGCUUCCCUCGUCCUGCCGCACGUACUACUCGCCGAGGGAUAAGGAGCAACUCAACUUCCUCAUCCGGAAAGAGGUGGCCCGCAGACAGGAGAAACGGGGGUCUGCAAAGGAGACGGACAAAUCGGUCAUCACGGACUUUGAUGCCAUGGUGUCCUUCUGUGCCCAAGAAGCCUGUCGCCACGCCACCAUCUCCAAGUUCUUCGGGGACAAGGCGCCGGACUGCGCCGGCUCCUGCGACUUCUGCCGCGACCCCAAGGCGGUGCGCGCCCAGCUGGAGAUGGCGGCCGGGCUCAGCACCAAGACCGAAGCGCAGGGCGCGGGGGCCCCGGGGCCGUUCGGCUUCCAGCGGGGCCUCUACGAAGGAGGGAGGAAGGGCUACGGCUUCGAAAGGUUCGACGAGGAGGACGCCGGUAGCGGCGAGGAGGACGGCUCGGCGAGGAAGAGGGAGUUCUCGGACCUCUUCAAGAAGCAGAUGAACAUGCGGAAGGCGGUGACGGACCGUCGGAGGGAAGACUUCGUCCCCCCGGACGCCGACUGCCCGCUCAGAGAGGCCGGCAGCCAGAGGAUCCCCAAACUCACCGUGAAGGCCCGAGAGCACUGCCUGUGCCUCCUGAAGGAAGCUUUGUACGGCCACCAGAGGUCAGAAGACGCCUUCAGCGACAGCCUGUCGUCGGCGGUCGACGUCGAACACGAGAUCUUCAGGAGCUCCAAGUCCUCCAACUUGUACAAAGCUGCGGUCCUGAAGAAGGUGUCGCAGAUUAAAAAGUCGUCACCUGGGGACCAGGGAGAAGGCUCCAGGUCCGACGGCGGCAGCGGAACCGAGUCCAAACUCCCAGAGGAGGCUCCUUCGUCUUCCUCCUCUUCCUCCAUCUCCAUCGAGGAGCUGCAGGGGUUCACCUCUGCAUCCAAGAUCUACUCGAUGAAGCGGAAGCGAGUCGGAGCCGGCCUGAGAGGAUCCUCCGACCCCUUCCUGACCGCCCGGGAGCUGCUGAAGCCCCACGACGGCUCAGGAGGCUCCGGAGAGUCCGUGACGUCGUCCGUGACGUCGUCCGUGACGUCGUCCGUGACGUCGUCCGUCAGGGCCAGAGCGAACGGCGCCGCCGCCCUGAACAGCCCGCCGAAGGCCGGCCGAGCCGCCAGCAGGAAGCAGCAGAAACUGGCGGAGGCGGCCAAGAGCUCCCGCGACAUCUCUCUGUAUUUUGCAAAGAAGGAGAGAAGCCGCGAGGAGCUGGAGGCGCCGGGCGUAACGCCGGGCGCAACGCCGGGCGCAACGCCGGGCGCAACGCCGGGCGCAACGCCGGGCGCAACGCCGGGCGCAGCGGCGGGCGCAACGCCGGGCGCUCCGGAUGAAGAAGACGCAGAGACGAGUCCCAUGGUGGACGGGAUCCAAGAAGGAAGUAAGAGGGAAGUCAUAGUUGUACGUGAUGUUGAUGAUGAUGAUGACGAUGAAGACGGAACGCCCGAAACGGAGACCACGUCGUCGCGGCUUCAAGCGGCGGCUCCCGAAGAGGACGCCCAGUCCGCCGUGGAGCCCAAAGCAGCAGCAGAAGAAGAAGAAGAAGAAGAAGAAGGAGCCACGGCGUCUCGAACAGAAGAAUGGGCCGAGGGUGUGAACGCCGACCGCCGCUCGCCCCCCCCGGCGAAGCGCCGCCGCCCCGCCGACAGGAGGGUGACCUUCAACCCCGACGUGCAGGAGAGGCCCCUGCGGCGCGCCGCCGCGCCCGCCACGCUGAAGGAGGCGGCCGACAUCGUGGUCCGCUGCCUGGACCCCUUCUACAAGACGGGGAAGUUCGCCACCAAGGAGUUGUUCAAGUCCUUCGCCCGCUACUUGUCUCACCUGCUCGCGGAGGGGCGGAGUCAGGGGAAAGGCCAAGUUGAAGCAGAAGCCAAAGAUCUCAUCAGGACGUUCUUCAGCGGAGUGGAGCGCUGCGCGAGCGAGGCCGACUGGAAGCACCUCAGGAGGCCGCAAAAGCUGCAGAACCUCACAGAGCCACAAGGAAUGAUGGGAGUUUGAGACGUCCUGGUUCGUCUCCCCCGGGGUCCGACCCCUCGUCCCGUAGCCCGUGGCCGAGUUCUGCUUUUCUCAGGCUCUUUGCUGCUGCUGCAGCAGGUUGUGUCAAUAAUGAAGUAAUAACGCGUGAGCUUCUCCGCUGCAGGGAGCAAAGGUAAAUCUGUGGGAUCAGGGUUGUGCUUCAUGUUUCAGCUCAUCACUGGAUGUUGUGCACAUUUUUUUUAUUCAGUUCAUACUUUUGUUGUGGUGCACUCACCUUUCCUCAAGGCAUCGUGCACUUUACUCUUUAGUGAAACAUGUUCUCUGCAGGUAGUUUUUUUUAAUUUUUAUACAGAGCGGAAACAAAUGUAAGCAAAGGCCCUUUGAAAUAAACCAGUCUGAAGCCGAGCCAGCAGCUCAGUGGCUGCUGGCUAAUUAGCGCCGAUCACGCGGCACAGCUGGGUUCGUCCUCUGGGGACCAUCCAGGACGAGCAAAUGGCCCGACUGAUGUUUUCAUCCACAGAGUUGGCGGCAUGCGACAAACACACGGCGGAGGUGGCCAGCGCUGAUGUGAGGAACAAUGAGACAAUGAGAUACUGUGUGAUGUCCGGUUUGUGGGUUGUUGUUGUUUUUUUUUCUUCCACUUUUUUUUUUAUUUUCACGUGUCUUGACAGAAAGGGAGAAUGUGGCACUAAGGGAGCCGCGGUCCCUUAGUCACACAGUGCCCGGCCGACCUGUGAGGCCUGAACAGCCGUAGUCUGUAAUGUUUACAGUGAAUAAACUACGCUGAAUAGGAGCGACCGGCCGAAGUCAUCAACACAAAUGUCUUCAAUUGGAGCUCUGGGGGACAAAGGGGUGGGGAGAGACAUCCCUGCUGGGGACGCUGUCAAAUAGGUGGUGACGUCACCUCCAGUGGUGCUGCCUUCAGCGCUCCUUGUAAUGUAGGACUCUUAAGUUCCCUCCAUAGAAUAUGAAAAGAGGGUUAUAAAUAGGAAGAGAUGCUUAAGCUCAAAGAAAAUACCGAGUUUUACCCCCAAUAAAUCAGUAAAUAAAUCAAUAAAUAAUGCCUGCAAUGAUGUUCAUCUGUCCAAAAAAGGUAAUAAAAGGUAUUCAUGGAAUAUAGCAGAAUAGAAUGCUGAAGCGCUGACAUAUCAAAGCUU